CCUUCGCAGCCGCUCGGGCCGGAGUCACGCAACGCUCCCCGUCCCCACGCGGCUGCUUCAAACCGACAUACAUUCCUUUCUCGGAAAUGAACCAAUCAUUGUUUGGCUUUCAUUUUCUUGCGAAUGUUCGCGCCUUAAAUUUCAACCAAUCACCUGGCUCCUUUUAUGGAUCAGAUAAUGGCGGAUCUCGAAGAAGCUUUCAAUCUUGUAGCGUCAAAAUUCGGCAUACAGGCUUUAAAUUCGCAUCAGCAAUUAGCAAUAUCGAAGUUAAUUGAAAGGAAAAAGGAUAUUUUCGUUAAUUUGCCGACUGGCUUCGGAAAAUCUCUGAUUUUUCAAGCUUUGCCGUUAGUCAUCGACCACGUAUCAAGUCAGCUAGGCCACAUUUGUGUUGUUGUGUCGCCUUUGCUCACUCUAGUGGAUGAUCAAGUGGAAUAUUUGAGAGGCAAGGGAGUUACAGCGGCGAACAUUAGCUCUUACACUGAAGAAGAGGCGACUUUGAUAGAAAAGGGAAAGAUUUCUGUUGUCUUUGGCUCCCCAGAAGCUUGGAUUCAAAACGAACGGUGGAGAACAAUGCUUGGAAAUUCUGUGUAUUCCAAAAAAUUAUGUGCUUUGGCCAUCGACGAAGCCCACGUAAUAAGGCAGUGGGGGACAUCCCAAAGCAAUAAGAUGGCUGCGUUUCGUCAUUGCUAUGGAAAGCUGUAUGAGUUGCGGUCCCUUGCUCCAAAUACCCCAAUGGUUGCAUUAACUGCAACAGCAACAAAGCUAACUGAAGACACCAUCAAAAAAGUUCUCCUAAUGCAGAAUCCAUUUGACAUUAAAGAAAGUCCAAACAAGGUAAAUCUUACCUAUUCAGUUACAAAGAUGAACAAAGAUUGUGACCUCGAAUUAUUCUUCGAGUGGCUUGUAGAAGACAUCAGGAAAUUAAAAGAUAAGUGUGACAGGACCAUAAUCUACUGUCAGACCAUAAAACAGUGUGGGAUUAUCUAUGGAAUGCUAAGAGGACUAUUAGGGAAAGACCUUUUCAUUGAGAAGACAAGCACUGGUCAAAAAUUGCCCUUAGUAGAGAUGUUGCAUUCAUGCACCCCUGCCUCAAACAAGAAAAACAUUUUGAUCUCCUUCCAGCACGAGGAUGGGAUCAUAAGGGUCUUAGUUGCGACUAUAGCAUUUGGCAUGGGAGUCAAUUGCAAAGCUGUUCACAGGAUCAUCCAUUAUGGGCCAUCAAAGAAUAUUGAAGCCUUUGUUCAAGAAACUGGGAGAGCUGGGUAUGAUGGCCAUCAGAGUAGCUCAUUUUUGUUGUAUAAUGGCAUGCUUUUGAAUCACGUGGAGGGAGACAUUAAGUUGUUUAUUAAAUUAACUGAUUGUCGAAGAAAAGCAAUUCUGGAACACUUUGACAAUGAUAAUGAGAGGCCUCUACUGAAACAUCUCUGCUGUGAUAAUUGUGCUAAUAACUGUGACUGCGGUUUGCCAGAAUGCAAAACUUCACUUCAAUAUCCUGUGUCUGUAGAUGCAAAGAGUAGCACAAGUUCAGGCAGGACAAGAGAUAUUCAACCCCUACAGAGGGAGCAUGUAAAAAGUUGCCUGAUAAAGUAUCACAAGUCACUCUUGGUUGAUUUUGUAGGCAUGGCUGCAAAAGUAAAUCUCAGGACAUUGACCAACAUUCAAUUUAUGCUAGGAUUUGGAGAUCUUCAAAUUUCACAGGUUCUUGAUAACCUGGAGCACAUAUUUGAAAUGUCUGAUGUUUACAGAACAGUGGAAAUCUGGCAUAAAAGGCAUGCACUAGAGAUUGUCCGAGUAAUUAGUGAAACUUUUCAUGACACAAAUCUCAACAGCAAUGAUGCUUAUGAUGUCAAUGGUGAUGAUGAUGAUGAUGACGACAAUGUUGUUUUUAGUGAGGAUCAACUUGACAAAUGGAGUGAUAUUUUACUUGAUGAUGAACUGUUUGAAAUGGUCAUGGACAACAUUUCACUUUCCCAGAUGGAUACAAGUUCUUUCCUUGGCAAUCAACCCAAUGAUUCAUCUGAUGUAGACGUUGUUGAUGAUGACAAUGAUUUGCUUACAGCUUUUGCAGGAACAUCUGGUGUGUUAUGAUGUAUUAUUAAUAAGUAAUUAAUAUUAAGUGGACAUUUAAUUGACCCUAUUCAAGAUUAGUAAAUUAUUGGAUUGUUCCAGUACCCUAAACCUCUCCACCCUUUCCCCAAAAUAAAAGGUUUUUUACAACAUUGUAGAAUAUUGUUUGUUUUUUUUUUUGUAAGAGAUUCUAAUAGAGGAUUUUACUUAGUAUUGUCAUAUAGAUGAUAACAAUUAUGUGGCCUUGUGUUCUGGCCAAUCCAAUUAUGUC